AUGUCGAGCGGGGGAAAGAGCGACCGCCUUCGCCAGCGUUUCGCUUCGAACGACGAGGAGGUACUCGCGAGCUUAGGGUACAGGCAGGAGCUGAAGAGGGACUUCUCAUGGGGGGAGCUCCUGGGACUGAGUUUUAGCAUCAUCGGUGUCGUACAAUCCAUAGCUGCCGUGCUUGUAUAUUCACUCCCCAAUGGCGGUGCAGCCGCGAUGGUCUGGGGGUGGGCAGCCUGCUGUGUCUUGAUCAUGUCAAUCGCUUUCUCCAUGGCUGAGCUCGCCUCAGCUGCUCCAACCACUGGCGGACUUUAUUACUGGUCAUUCAAAUUCUCAUCACCGAAAUACCAAAAGGUUCUUUCGUGGAUCGUGGGAUACAGUAAUAGCAUUGGUUACGGGGUAUAUACCUUCUACGACACAGCACUGUGUCGCAUCUCGAGUCGGGAAGGAGGCACCGUGCAUGCCGCAGGGGGUACGCGCCAUAGGGGCCGCUGUCCACCAAGAAAAAGGGCCAGGAGGGGGGGGAUCCAGUCAUCGAGCAUUUCUUCCCCCAACCACCACCAUGGUCUCGAAACCCGCGACCUCAAACCUAUUGUCCAGCGGCUUCCGUCGGCGCUAAUACUAAUGUCCGGCCAACCAAUCAGUUUUUCACCCGCGUGGAUCCAAGCGCACCCUGACACCUUUCUGAACACCGACUGGGUCAACGUAGGCCAUUUGCAGCAGUGGCUCGACGAAAAUGCACCUGUAAAAUGCGUUAAACAGGGCGAAGACGCCGCCAGCACCGCGUUUGACGCAUCGAAAUCUCUCGAGAACACCCCUAAGCUGAAGCCAGAGCCGUUCGACAUCGAAUUGACGCGCCGAGACACCGCUGGCGACAUCAAAAUACGCGACAUUCAGCGUGAUAGAAAUCCUUGA